AUGGAGGGAGGAGUGACGAGCAGCGCAUCCCACGCCCGUGGAGACCUCGUCAGCGGCGAUGAUGACGCGGGAAGUCAAGUGCAGAACGCUGAAGCGUUGAAUCAUGACGUCACGCGUAAGGCGUCGUCCUCACCCGCCCCCACCAAUAGUACCACCACCGCUGCUGCUGCUGCAGGGACAUUGUCAGCGGCGAAGUCCCUCCUUGACAUUCGUGAGCGUCGGAAUUGGUUAAUUCAUCAAUUCUACGUUCGCCAGGAAUAUGCGGAUUGCCUCAAUGUUAUUGAGACCCAGCUGCAGGAGAGCGGAGGGGGUUGCGAGUACGCCCUUUACGUCAAGGGACUUCUCAAGAGACGCACUGGGGAACUGACGGAAUCCUUCAAUCUCUUCCAGGCGGCCAUGCUGAUCAACCCGCAGAAUCCAGCGAAUCGGAGGCAAGUCGCUCAAGCCCUUUUUUUUCUUGGAAGACACCGUGCAGCAAUUGACAUGUUCCACGAUGUGGAGCGUUUAUGCGAGGCCAACGGCAUGGGCAACGACUGGGUCAUUCAGUAUAGUAUUGGUAUUUGCUACAUGUACCUCAAAGACUACCAGAAGGCGGAGGCGGCAUUUGUAAACUCCAUCACUAUCCAGAAUCACGACUGUACUGUGAUGCAGUUGGGCAAAGUGCUGGUGCUGCAGCAGGAUUAUACCAGAGCCAUUAGCCUCUACGAGAAAUACUUGCUAAAAUUCCCCGACAAUGCGGAUCUUCUGACAGCGUUGGGGCUGUUGUGCCUGAAGGUGGAAAAUCCUCCCCAGGCCUUCCACUACUUUGGUAAGUGCCUCACCCUAAACUCAUCGAAUCCCACGGCGAUUAUGGCCGCUGCAAGCAUCAUGCAAGAUAACGGGGACUUCAGUGUGGCGCUGAACAAAUACCGCGUUGCCGUUUCUAAGCUGCCACAUUCUGCACGUUUGUGGAGCAACAUUGGAAUGUGUUUUUUUGCCCAGCAAAAUAUGCACGCCGCUGUUGCUUGUUUACGGAGGGCCGCUGCAUUGGGGCCCUUCGAAUGGCGAAUUGCGUACAACAUGGGGCUUGUUUUUCUGCAUUUGAAGCAAUAUGCCUCGGCGUUUCACCAUCUUUCCGCUUCAACGUACCUUCAUGGGAACUACGCCCCUGCCUUUAUGCACCUUGGGGUUUGUCUUGCACUCAUGAAUGAUGUGGAUAACGCAUGUGCAGCCUACACACGUGCACUCUCCAUAGAACCGGACCCACUCAUCUUGCUGAAUUACUGCAUCACGCUGCUAAACUGCGGGCAGGAAGAAAAGGCGCGGGAACAACUUGCCAAAUUCAUGCAGGUAUGGCACGAAAAAUCCGAAACGCAGCAGCAGGCCUUUGGACCGACGUUUUUACGGAUGGUAAGACUCCUCACGGAGCGACUAUGUGGCCGCAGCGAGGACGCAAACAGUUCAAGUAGACUACCAACUGAGUGA